GUUACAACCAUGGCUGAAGCAAUAGAUAUUUAGUUAAAAAAUCAAGAGGAAAAGGGUAUAGUUAAUGUGUUAUCAAAGAAGAACGGAAAUUAAAUUAUCCUUUGUUCCGUAGUGUCUUAUAAGACUUUUUUGAAAUGAGUGCAACGGCAAUGAGUGACUUGGAUGGUGCUAUAUGGUCACAUUCUAUAGAUGUUUGUGGAUUCAAUCGUCCUAGGGAUCCAUACAAAAUAAAAAAUCGUAGAUUUCUAAGACAAUCCUCAAGAGUGGAAACCUUCAAGAAUUGGCCCCAACAACUCAAUCAAUCGCCAGAAGAAUUGGCCGAAGCUGGUUUUAUCUACAAAAAUAUAAGUGAUAGCGUUAAGUGUAUAAGUUGCAAAGCUAAAUUAUCCGAAUGGCAACCAGAAGAUGACCCAUGGGAAGAGCACGCCAAGACCAAUUCAUCCUGCGAAUACGUAUUACACUGCAAGGGAGAAAAUUUCAUAAAAGAACUGAACCAGAAACUUAUUAAUGCAUCUGUUGAACCUGAAGAAUGCCAGCCAGAAGUUAAUCUAAAUGCUCCAGUUGGCGUCUGCAAGGUCUGCUGCCAGGACGUGUCCAAUGUUAUGUUCGUUCCUUGUGGUCACGUCGUCACAUGCUCUAACUGCGCGCACAAAAUCAAGAAGUGCUUCUACUGCUCUCACAGGAUUGACAAACACCAGAAAGUUUACUUAUAAGUUAUGCAAGACUGUAUUAACUAUUCAAUUAAAAUAUUCCCUCCUUCAAAGUCUGAAAAUAAAUACAUUGAAAGCUUUAAGAUUUUUAAAAA